CAGCUCUCCUUCGCCUCUUUCCUACUCUUCUCCUGUGAAGACGAAGCAAGCAAAUCAAUCCAUCAAUCCACAAUGCCGGCAGACAUAGAAGAUGAGAUCAAGGACGAGAAGAACCCUCGUCCUCUCGAUGAAGACGAUAUCGCUCUCCUCAAAACCUAUGGUUUAGGACCUUAUUCCACGAGCAUAAAGAAAGCAGAAAAGGAAAUUAAGGAAAUGGCCAAGAAAAUCAAUGAUUUAUGUGGUAUAAAGGAAUCAGACACUGGGUUAGCUGCACCAAGCCAGUGGGAUCUUGUCUCUGAUAAGCAAAUGAUGCAGGAGGAGCAGCCCCUUCAGGUUGCAAGAUGCACAAAAAUAAUUAAUCCAAACACAGACGAUGCCAAAUAUGUUAUAAAUGUUAAGCAAAUUGCCAAGUUUGUUGUUGGGUUGGGUGACAAGGUUUCACCUACAGAUAUAGAAGAAGGCAUGCGUGUGGGGGUUGAUCGCAACAAGUAUCAAAUACAAAUUCCCCUCCCUCCAAAAAUUGAUCCCAGUGUAACCAUGAUGACAGUGGAGGAGAAGCCAGAUGUGACCUAUAAUGAUGUAGGUGGAUGUAAGGAACAGAUUGAGAAGAUGAGAGAGGUGGUUGAGCUACCGAUGCUUCAUCCUGAAAAAUUUGUUAAGCUUGGGAUUGAUCCUCCUAAGGGUGUUCUCUGCUAUGGCCCUCCUGGAACUGGUAAGACACUGUUGGCUAGAGCUGUCGCCAAUAGAACAGAUGCUUGCUUUAUCCGUGUGAUUGGAAGUGAGCUUGUCCAGAAAUAUGUUGGUGAAGGUGCUAGGAUGGUCAGAGAAUUGUUUCAGAUGGCACGUUCUAAAAAAGCAUGCAUUGUAUUCUUUGAUGAAGUUGAUGCCAUUGGGGGUGCGCGAUUUGAUGAUGGAGUGGGUGGAGACAAUGAGGUUCAAAGGACAAUGCUUGAAAUUGUGAACCAGCUUGAUGGGUUUGAUGCUCGUGGAAAUAUAAAGGUCCUGAUGGCCACAAACAGGCCUGAUACUUUAGAUCCUGCGCUUUUACGUCCUGGACGAUUAGAUCGUAAGGUCGAGUUUGGUCUUCCUGAUUUGGAGAGCAGAACCCAGAUAUUCAAGAUACAUACAAGAACAAUGAACUGUGAAAGGGAUAUUCGGUUUGAACUCUUGGCUCGGCUUUGUCCAAAUUCCACUGGAGCUGACAUAAGGAGUGUAUGCACAGAGGCUGGCAUGUUUGCCAUCCGGGCACGGAGGAAAACAGUCACAGAGAAGGAUUUCCUCGAUGCCGUGAACAAAGUUAUCAAGGGAUAUCAGAAGUUCAGUGCAACUCCCAAAUACAUGGUCUACAAUUAAGAUCCAAGCGGCAGGAAAACACAAGGUUCAGGGACUUCUUUCCGAGCAAAUGACAUUAUGGACCUUCAGUACCCAUUAUGGUUAUCCACUCGUCCUUUUUCCUCGCCAUCUUAUCUGCCCUUUAUUGACAUUUGUGAAAUUUAGCAUUUCACUUUAUUGUGUUUUUUUCCCUUGUUUCUCUUCCUUUUGCAAUGAAGAUAUUAGUGUUAUUUUUUCUUUUUGGUAUGCAGAUUUUAAAAUGGAUACUGUAUAUCACUGAAUUCUUGCGAGGCAAGAGGUUUUCAAAUGUCAAAAUUUUCAUAUUGAAUAAAUGAAAUGCCUGAGUCGAG